AUGGUUUCCAUGAUGACAACUCUGUGGCAAGUAAUUAUUCCCAUGAUUGUCCUGUCCCACUUCUCAGCAUCUCUGCCAUCCUGGGAGAGGUGCAGGAUGGAGCGCCACGCAGACGGGCUCUUCCACAGCGAGCUCAGCAAGAUGAACGGCAACGCCUACGUGCAGCAGUUGGUCAAGCACCUGGUGGGCCUCAAGGACAGGUCCCUGAGGCACUCGGAUGGGCUGUUCACCAGUGAGUACAGCAAGAUGAGAGGCAACGCCCAGGUUCAGAAAUUCAUCCAAAACCUCAUGGGCCGCAAGCGCAGCUCUCCUGGCCCAGUCAACACUGACAUACAGGGGAGAGAGGGAGUAAACAAACCUGAGGAACUUUGCUUUCUCUGGUUGUACCAGAGCUUUCUGAACACCAGCCACUCGGACAGAGAUGCCAGGGAGGCUGCUGCCAUUACCAGCCAGUACAUUUGUCCCUUCUCUAAGCAGCUGGUUGCAGACGUGAAGGAAGAUACAGAUGGUUCUGAAUGA